AUGAUGAAGAUAUCAAAAUCACUUUUGUAUCUAGCGUCGAUCGCAUCAGGUACGCUCGCGGCAAAGCGACCGUUUAGUAUCCAUGAUGAUGUUCUUGCAUAUCCUCAGUACAAAGUUUCGUUUCCGGAAGAAUACGUUCUCGAGACCGAAGCCAGCAUAAUUCUCGAGCUACAAAAAGAAAGAUCUUCCAAAGACACAUCUUCCUCAAAUAUCGUUUCCGAUAAACGAGAUCUAGAGCGUCAUGCAUCACAGAGACCAAUAGGCGGCUGGAAAACGACCAGCAAGAAGAAUGGAGCAGAUCUGGAUUGGGACCCUGAGCUCUCGCUAAAUCAGUUUAGUUAUGAAGAGAUGAAACUCGAGGGGUUACGCUAUCUCUGCAACAUUCCAAGAGUCAAUAAUGGACCGGAGAACAGUACAACGACUAAGACAAUGGCUGAGGGCGACGGGGCUAGAAAUCAAACGCAGGACGAAAAUGAGAUAGCGCGCGCCACUGACCGAGGAUUAGAGUUGCUAGAGGAAAUGGAGGGCACAUGCAUGUAUUACGUCUCAGGAUGGUGGUCAUAUUCGUUCUGCUACAAGAAGCAGGUCAAACAGUUUCACGCCAAAUCUGGUCCAGGCGUACCAAAUUAUCCGCCCAUAGAAGACCCGACCAGUCACUCAUUUGUCCUAGGGAAGUUUCUGCAUGAUGAUGACGAAGAAUCCGAAAGAUACUCUACCAGUAGUCAAAAGCCUGCAAAUGGCAGUACUGCCGAGUUGCAGACUAAAGGAGAAUCAAGAUAUCUCGUGCAAAAACUGGGUGGCGGCACGAUUUGUGACCUUACAGGAGCUGAGCGCAAGAUCGAGGUACAAUUCCACUGCCAUCCUCAGUCCACAGAUCGGAUAGGAUGGAUCAAGGAAUUGACUACUUGCUCUUAUUUGAUGGUAAUCUAUACACCCCGUUUAUGUCAUGAUGUCGCAUUUCAGUUACCUCAAUUCGAAGAGACACAUCUGAUCCAGUGCCGGGAGAUAUUGGCACCAGAAGAAAUUGCAGACUUUGAUGCUAUGAAAGCUCAUCACGAUAAGCAAAAGCUUGUUGAUGCUAGCACUGAAGAAUCUCAAUUUGUUGGCGGAAUCGAGGUUGGUGCAAAGAAAGAAGUCGGAUCCGAGGGCAAAGUCAUUGAAAAAGGACGUAUGGCCCGAAUCGGUGAGGAAACUGUUCAGGUUAUUGCUAAGCGCGAAGAUGGCAAUCUGGUGCAAUUAUCGAAUAAGGAUCUCAAGAAGUAUAAUUUGAAUCCCAAGGAGGUAGAAAAUUUCGCAAACCAACUGGAUGAAAAGUCAAAAGGCGGUGAUUGGAGGCUGGAGAUUGUGGAAAGCAAUGGAGAGACUAGUUACCGUGCUAUUAUCAGUUCAAGUGGUGAUGAAGAUGACGAAGGACAUGGCGAUGGAGAGAAGAAGAACGAAGAAACGGCAAGUGAGGAUCAACCACCUCCUGCAAAGAAAGCCAAGGAAGAUGAAAAUACACCUAAGGACGAGGACAAGGGCAGUGAGGAGACAUAUAAAGACGAACUAUGAUGAUAGAUACUACUUUAUUUGUUUAUUCCUUAAAUAUCUGUUUUGGUGAAAGCGUGGUUCUUUUGGGCGUCGAGCGACACUACUUUCCGCGCCGAUUUCACCAGCGGGAACCCUUGCCUUUCGGACUGUCCACCAUUUCAUCGUUUUCCCUCGAACUUUUUUCAUCGCCCGUCCAGUUGCCAAACCGGAGACCAGUUCACAUAGAUAGCGCAGCCAUGAUACUACCUGGUCG